GAGUUACAAGUUACUGUCAUCCUCAGCUCGCACAUGACACGUUUCUACACCAAAGACAGUUGCACUGUCUCAGGAUUCGUUUAGGGAACCACAAACAUCUUCUCUCCUCAGACUCGUUCUUCUCCACAACUCAUCAGGUCUCCACCUAAACAUGUCCACCGGUUCCAUCAGCGACGUGGAUGAAUUUCAUGAGGCUGAGCUGUUGGAUGGUCUUUUGAAAUUCGGUAAAGACCCGGGGACAUUAAACGAGAGCGAGGACAGCUCCAACUGCGAAGGAACGUCUGUUACAGAUCAUACAGAAACCACGGGAAAGCGGCGCAAAUCAGCCGCCAUGCGGAAAUCGGCGCUCAACGGUGUGGCCCAAGAGGGCAAACAGGUCCAGAGGAACGCGGCGAACGCGCGCGAGAGAGCGAGGAUGCGAGUGUUGAGCAAAGCCUUCUCCCGGUUAAAGACGACGUUACCGUGGGUUCCACCGGACACCAAACUCUCCAAACUGGACACGCUGCGCCUGGCCUCUAGCUACAUCGCGCACCUGCGACAGAUACUUGCCAGUGACAAAUACGAGAAUGGCUACGUUCAUCCUGUCAACCUGACUUGGCCGUUUAUGGUGGCGGGGAAACCGGAAAAUGAACUGAAAGAAAUGUUGAAUUCAACACGUUUAUGCGGGACUACAGCUUCCUGAAACACCAAAUGGAGCUCAUGGGCAAACAUGGACCUAUUCUAAUUAUUUUAAUUAAAGAAUAACGUCACGUUAUCUCCUAUCUAAAAACACACGAGUGGGAAGAACUGAGGGACAACAUCCUCACUCGCAUUCCUGUAAAGAGAGAUUGAUAUCUAUUUAAAUAUUCACAAAUAGGCCUUGCUGGUUCGAGGCAAUAAUGUGUGAUUUUAUUCAACUGUUUUUAUAUAGAUGCUGCCAUCACUUUUUUGUAAUAAAAGAAAAACACGAAAAAUCUUUCUAGGUAAAAUGGCUAUGAUGGAGUGUCAAUAAUGACAUUAGAAUAUUUGUAAAUAAAAAAGUACUGAUUUUAUAGUU